AUGUCUGACAAAAUAUCUGACCGAUCGUCGGAGGCGGAUGCCGACGAGAACUGGAAGACCAACUCGCGACAGUUCAUUCGCAAGGGCGCCUACAAGAAGAACAAAACCGCCCAGGUGCUCGACCAUGAGUUCAUCUCGCGCUACUUCAAGCAGCCCACCUUUUGCAGUCACUGUCGCGACUUUAUCUGGGGUUUUGCCCGUAAACAGGGCUACCAGUGUCAGAUCUGCGCCCUGAGUGUGCACAAGCGCUGCCACGAAUUUGUCACCUUCCGCUGCCAUGGCGCCGACAAAGGCAUCGAAACGGACCCGCGCAAGAUUCACCAGUUCAACGUGCACACCUACGCGACUCCCACCUUCUGCGACCACUGCGGCUCAAUGCUGUACGGCAUCUUCAAGCAGGGCCUGCAGUGCAAGUCCUGCCUGAUGAACAUUCACGAGAAGUGCAAGGUCAACGUGCCGAACAUGUGCGGCUGCGAUGCGGUGGAGAAACGAGGUCGUAUCGAGCUGGAGGUGCGCGUCGAGCCGGCCGACGAGAAGAGCGACGCCCAGCUGCAGAUCGUCUGCGAGGUGAAGCAGGCGCGCAAUCUGCCCAUCAUGGACCCGAACGGCCUCUCCGACCCGUACGUGAAGGCGAAGCUGGUGUCGAGCAACGGCGGCAGUCAGACGUCGAUCAAGAAGAAGACCAAAAUCAUCAAAAACUCGCUCAACCCCGAGUGGAAUGAGACGCUGAAGAUUGAGAUUCACUCGAACGACAAGGACCGCCGCCUGGUGAUCAGCGUCUGGGACUGGGACCUGACGUCGCGCAACGACUUCAUGGGCAGCCUGUCCUUUGGCGUGAGUGAGCUGAUGAAGAACCCCGCCAGCGGCUGGUUCAAGCUGCUCGGCCAGGAGGAGGGCGCCUUCUACAAUGAGCCGCUGCCGCCGCCGGGCACCAAUCUCAUUGACUACCUGAAGACGCUGCAGACGGACCAGAAUAAGCGCACCGCCUCGGAGCCGGGCGCCGGCCGAACGGGAGGCAGCGCCCUGGUGGACAGCCUCGGCCACAACCUCAAGUACGCCUCGCUCUCCUCAAAGCCGGCGGAGCUGCAGACGCGCCUGGACAGCUUCAACCUGCUGAAGGUGCUGGGCAAAGGCUCCUUCGGGAAAGUGCUGCUCGCCGAGGCGAAGAAGGGCAAGAAGCUGUACGCCAUCAAGGUGCUGAAGAAGGACGUGCUGGCGAUGGCCGACGACGUGGAGAGCGCCAUGGUGGAGAAGCGCAUUCUCGCGAUGAUGUCCAAGCCGCCCUUUCUCGUGCAGCUGCACUCCUGCUUCCAGGACAAGGAGCGCCUCUACUUUGUCAUGGAGUACGUCAACGGCGGCGAUCUGAUGUUCCAGAUUCAGCGCUCGCGCAAGUUCAAGGAGCCGAUUGUCUGCUUCUACGGCGCCGAGAUCGCCAUCGGUCUCUUCUUUCUCCACUCCCGCGGAAUCAUCUACCGAGAUCUCAAGCUGGACAAUGUGCUGCUCGAUGCAGAGGGACACAUCAAGAUUGGGGACUUCGGCAUGUGCAAGGAGGGAAUGUUUGGCUCAAAAACGACGCGCACCUUCUGCGGUACGCCCGACUACAUUGCACCGGAGAUUAUUCAGAAUGUGCCCUACUCAAAAUCUGUCGACUGGUGGUCUUAUGGAGUGCUCAUCUACGAAAUGCUAACCGGAAUGGCCCCAUUUGACGGGGAGGACGAGGAGGAGCUGUUCCAGUCUAUUCAGGAGAACACCGUCCUCUACCCAAAGUUCAUCUCGAAGGAGGCGAAGGACCUCUGCAAGUCCUUCCUCUUGAAGGACCCCACGUACCGCCUGGGAGCGGGCAUCAACGACGAGGAGGAGAUUCGCUCACAUCCCUUCUUCAGACGCAUCGACUGGGCGAAGGUGCAGGCCAAGGAGAUACAGCCGCCCUACAAGCCGUACAUCAGCAAUGAUCGACUGGGUGAGAACUUUGACCCGUCCUUCACGAACGCCAAGCUGACGAUGACGCCCAGCGACCAGUCGGUGAUUGCCAAUCUCAAUGGAAACGAGUUUGAUGGCUUCUCUUUUGUGAAUCCCGCAUUCCAGGUGGCCGGUCCCGGUGCGAUGCAAUGA